GAGGCUCGGGACUGCACAGGCUGAGGCUGCGCGUGCGCAGGGGGGCCGCAGUGCGGAGGGAUACGGGCGGCGGAGGGCUGGUUAAUCGCUCUCUGUUUGAAUCCGGUGACGAUGUCGGUGAAAUACGAGGCGGUGAAAAGGUUGGAAGGGUCGUCGGCUGAAGAGCGGCAGGAAAUGGAGGACACGGUAAUCAGUCCUGAAAAAGCUGAGGAAGCCAAGUUGAAGUUAAAGUAUCCAAAGUUAGGACAGAAACCUGGUGGAUCGGAAUUUUUGAGGAAGCGACUACAGAAAGAUCCAAAGUAUUUCGAUUCAGGAGAUUACAACAUGGCUAAAGCCAAAAUCAAGAACAAGCAGCUGCCUAACAGUGGAGCAGACAAGAACCAAGUGACGGGAGAACACAUUCCCACUCCGCAAGAUCUGCCUCAGAGAAAACCUUCACUUGUUGCUAGCAAACUGGCUGUCUGAUAACCUCGUGAAGAAUGCAUAAAACUUGUCAUUCCUCUCUUGCUAUUAAUUCCUGUGUUUUAGCUUUUUUUCUUGUACCAUUACAUCAACAUGUCUGACAGCUUGGCAGAUAACUACAGCACUUUGUUGUUGCUGCAAGAAAGAUCAGUAAACACAGAACAAUGAGAUUUCAUAAACUAAAAACCAUGCACUGAGGGCAAGGACAUUAAUGUUAUAAUUAGGAAGUAGUGGACUACAGUACUGAGGCACAAAUGUAACUUCAUGUAGAAGCAGUUCUGAGAAGUAUUGACAUUAAAUAUUUUACAUUUACUGUUUCAAAAUCAUUAGUGCUGCUGUAAAAUCUAGAUUGAAUUGGGUAAGUCUGAUUGUUUUUCCUUUCCAUAUUCCUGUUUAUUACUAACCUCAAUGUUGCAAGUAACGGUCCUUGUGGAUGUUAACAGAAAAUUGCAUAGAACGUGUUUUUAAAAAAAAACAAGAAAUGUGGCCCAAUAUUCAAUGAAUCUUCAGAAAUGUUAAACCUAUUUAAGUAUUUGUUAAUUGGACAAUAUUUGUCCACACUGCUAUACCCCUCCUGGAUGUACCCUCCUGGAUGUAUUUCAAUCUAUAACUUGUGCCUCUUGUAGUUCUGAAUGGUAUUCCCUAAAGAUUGGUAGGUUAGGGCAGUUAUAUAUUCAAGGUGAUUGAAAUGUGCAUGAGCAUAAACUGUGCAGUCACUUUGUGCCAUUUUUUUUGUAAAUAAAAUAGUUUUGCACUA